ACCCUACUCGUCAGGGCCUCUUAGUCCACAAUGUCUUCCUUCUCUUCGACGUCUAUUGUGAUUGACGGCAAAGGACAUUUGCUCGGUCGAUUAGCUUCCAUUAUUGCAAAGCAAAUUUUGUCUGGCCAGAAAAUUGUGGUUGUAAGAUGUGAAGAGAUCAAUAUAUCUGGCAGUUUUUUUCGUAACAAAUUACGCUACCACAACUUUCUUCACAAGCGCCAUAUUGUUAACCCUAAAAAAUCGGGCCCCUUUCAUCAUCGUGCUCCAUCCAAAAUUCUUUUCCGUGCCAUUCGAGGAAUGACUCCACACAAGACUGCUCGCGGUGCCGCUGCCCUUGAACGUCUCAAACUAUAUGAGGGGAUGCCUAAGCCAUAUGAUCACCAGAAAAGGAUGGUAAUCCCUGCUGCCUUGCGAGUGUUGCGUCUCAAGCCUGGCAGGAAGUACUGCACGGUCAAGCGCCUUUCUCACGAGGUUGGAUGGAGGUACAAAGAGGUGGUGGAGCGCCUCGAGGAAAAAAGGAAAAUCAAAGCCCAAGCAUCCCAUGAACGCGAGCAUGCAGCCAUGAAGCUGCACAACCAGAUUGUUAGCGAGACUUUUUCCUCUAAUCUUUCAUCCUUUGGCUAUUAAAUACCGCUCCUUGAUGGUCAAUGUAAUGCUCAGUGUUUCGCGGCGUACUGCAAUGUAUCCAAUUAGAGGAGUAAAGUCUGCUCGGAUGCACUUCAUUGUUUACUGAUAUUAGCUGUUGCAUAUGAGAUUCCCUAGUUGCUCUCUAACUGUUUUUACAGGUCCCGAGUAACGUGGAGUGUGCGAUUAUAGCUAGCAAUUAAGGGUUCCUCGUGAGAUUGAGGAUAAUCCUCCUGAUUACGGUGGAUCGUGGUUCGAGAUGCCGCCUCCGGCAAGUACUUUUUAAAAACAGCCACAUAUAUAUAUACGUAGUCUUAAUCAAUUGGUUACCACGUCGCGUCAACCAGUAGUAUACGUAGCGAACAUAUGAAAUAAACAAAAAUUCUGUCAGUAGGAAA